AUGUCUUUUAUAAACAAUCUCUUCAGUGAAGCUAUGGUUAGUUGGCUUUGUCGCAAAACAUUUGCAGUUAAUCAUGCUGAUUGGAAUAUGGAAUUACAAGUGUUAACUGAAUAUACAAUUCCAGCUAUGUGGGAUGAUGCUAAACCAUCUUCACAUCCAAUUGUUGUUAGAAAUGCAGCAAGUGUUGGUGAAAUAUUGAGUUAUCUUGAUGCAUUAGCAUAUUCAAAAGGUGUAAGUCUAAUGCGUAUGUUAGAAAAAAUUACUGGUUCAGAAAAUUUUCGUAAUAAUAUACGAGAUUAUUUACUAAUCAAUGCAUAUAGUGUUGGUGAUCUCAAUAUGUUUUAUGAUAAAUUAUUGACAACUACUAAUGGAACCGAAUUUAUGAACACUUGGUUAAAUGAAAUGAAUUAUCCAUUAUUAAAUGUUGGUUUAAAUGUGGAAAAUGGUGAAACAAAAUUAGUAUUUACACAAUCCCGUUUUAUUAUAUCAGAUGCAUUAAAUUCAUCAAAUCUUAAUCAAAAUUAUCGCUGGAAAAUAAAUAUAAACUGUGUAUUAGGUGGUCGUUAUCCAAAUUCUGAUACAACAGAUAUAGGUGGUGAAACAAUUAAUUUUAUUCUUGAAAAUGAACAAGAAGAUCGAAUUUUACCUGGAAAAUCUUUUUCAUGGAUUAAAUGUAAUCAAAAUUUUCAAAGUUUUUAUGUUACUAAAUAUUCAUUUCCAACAUCUACAUGGCAACGUUUUUCAACAGUAUUAGAAGCACAACCAACAUUUUUUUCAAAUGAAGAUAAAGUUAAUUUAAUGCAAGAUACUUUUCUACUUGCUUAUAAAGGUUUAGUUGAUUAUAUUGAAUCAUUAAGAAUUGUGCGUUCAUUAGUAAAAAUAAAUACGACACAAUAUGUUCAUUGGAAAACAUUUCAAUGGCAUUGGGAAACCUUAGCUGAUUUAGUUGAUUAUUUACCUGAUACAUUGACUAAAUUUCAAAAUUUUGCUAUUCAACAAAUCCUUUCAAAUGGUGUGACACUUGAUAAUAUUUUAGCAUUAAAUCUUAAUGAUGAUGAUAAUACAAAAUUAGUCAAAAGUUUACAAUUUGCACUUCUUUGUCGAAUGAAUCAUCGAGUUGCUAUUGAAAAAGCAACUGCUUUAUUUAAAUCAAUUCCCGUGGAAUAUUUCAAUAAUGGUAAUGCCGAUAUCAAUAUUCCUGCAGAUUUCUUAUCAACUGUUUAUACAUAUCAUUUGAAAAAUGAUGCUAAUGAAGCUGAUUGGAAUAGAAUGUUUAAUUAUUAUAAAAUAGCAACAUCAACACAUGAACAAACUCGUUCUUUAGUUGCCAUUAGUUCAACAAAUAAUACAAAUCGUUUGAAUCAAUUACUUAAUGACGGACUAACAGGUAGUUCAAAUACAGUUAGAAGUCAAGAUUAUUUUACUAUGAUGGGUUACAUGUGUCGUCAUGCCAUUGGAAGAGAAACAGUUUGGACUUUCUAUAAAGACAAUUAUCAAAAUUUAGUUAAUCAUUUUACACUUGAAAAUCGUCGAUUUGCUACAGCUAUUGUUUCAAUUACACGUUCAUUUGAUAAAGAAUCUUAUCUUCAAGAAAUGAAUGAAUUAUUUGCAAGAUAUCCAAAUGCUGGUGCUGGACAAUCAGCACGUCAACAAGCAAUUGAUCAAGUCAGAAUGAAUAUUGAAUGGAUUAAAUCAAGAGAACAAAAUCUACGUAAUGCAUUUGAUACAAUUUCUUGA